GCUUCGUUCAACUUUCACCUUAGUAUAAACCCCAAGACACACAUUCCUACAUACCUGCACUUUGAGAACCCCUCGCCCCCCCCCUUUUUUUUUUCCUCUUCAAGCUUACCUGGUAACGUAUCAACUUCUCCUUGUCAAGCUUUCACAAUGUUCAUUCCAAAGUCUACCUUCGAGGUCCUCGAAGACACCAAGCCAGAGGAUACCUCGCUCCCGGCUUUCAUGGUCUCGACAACCCGAGGCUUCUUGGCCCGUAUGGAUCCCAUCAUCACCCUGCCCGCCGAGUUCCAAGCUGUCGAGACCCUACUUCAAGCGAUGCCUGUCCUGACGCUGUCAGGCAAGCCAGGGCUCCUCGCCACGGGUCAGCUUGGCGAUGCCGUACUGAACGACCUUCCAGACCUAACUGAUGCGGUUGAGAAGUACCAUGAGGACCUCCCCAUGAUGAAUGCUCUUUACCGCGACUACUCUUUCCUAGCUUCAGCAUUCUUACUGGAGCCUUGCCAUAUGCGGUUCCUCAAGGGUGAGCCGUACGGACUAGGGAGGUCAUUCCUCCCGGCUCAGAUAUCCCGCCCUAUUGCUCGUUGUGCUGAACUUGCCGGUUUCAAACCAUUUAUGGAAUAUGCGGGUUCAUACGCUCUUUUCAACUACCGUCUCCAGGAUCCAAGUGCAGGCCUAGAGUACUCCAACUUGCGUCUUAUCCGAGCCUUUGAGCAUGGACUUGACCCUACGUCGUCGGAAGCUGGAUUCGUGCUUGUGCAUGUCGACAUGGUGAGGAAUUCCGGCCCCUUGGUAGACGGAACAACAUCAUGUCUCAAGGCCCUCGACAACGCCGCCGGGCUCUCGGCCUUGCAACAACGGCACGCCUUCAACGCCGGCCUGCGCACCGUCGUCGGCGCCAUGCAAAAGGUGAACAACGUGAUGGAGACGAUGUGGAUGAAGUCGAAGCCGCGGUCGUACACGAGCUUCCGGACCUUCAUCUUCGGCAUUACGUCGCAGUCCAUGUUCCCGGACGGCGUCGUGUACGAGGGCAUCAACGACAACAAGCCGAUGAACUUCCGCGGCGAGAGCGGCGCCAACGACACCAUGAUCCCCCUCAUGGACAACCUGCUGCAGAUCCAGAUGCCCGCCACCCCGCUCACCGAGAUCCUCAAGGACUUCCGCGACUACCGCCCCAGCAACCACCGCCAGUUCCUCGUCGAGGUCAAGCGGUGCUCCGAGGAGCUCAGCGCGAAGGACUACGCCCUCGCCGUCGGCAUCGAGCGCAGCGCUGCAGGGAAAGAGGAGGAGCUGCUAGAGGCGGUCAGGGUGUCCCGGCAGCUCUGGCUGCAGGCGCUGAACCAGGUGCGGGACUUCCGGUGGCGCCACUGGUGCUUCGCGCGCGAGUACAUCCUCAAGCAGACGUCGCACCCCACGGCGACGGGCGGCAGCCCGAUCGUGACGUGGCUCCCGAACCAGCUGCAGGCGGUGAUGGAGGAGAUGACGGAGGUGUGGAACAGCGUCGGGGGCGCGCAGUCGGGUCCCAUGCGGCUGGGGCCCGAGAGCCAGGAUAUCGCGGACCUCGUCGAGCGCCAGAGCCAGAGCCUGCGGAAAGAGGUCGAGAAGUAUUGUCAGGAGCGCGGGGUCAGCGCGACUCAUUAGAGCGGGAUCGGGAAUUAUGUGUGUACGUUGAAGUAGUUAAAUGUAUGGAAAUGAGUUUUACGAUCUAGAGACCUUCGCUGCUGUACUAUGCAGUAAGCCGA